AUGUUGCUGACCAUAUAUAAUUUGCCGUCAUCGACGCGGUAUACAGACGUGAAAGCAUUGAUACAGAGUAAUUGUGGCCUGAGUGAGGUGAUCUUGGAUAAUUUGGUAAAUGACGUAAAUAACACGAAGAAAGUGACCGUCGGUUUGCCUGAAGAAGAAGAUGCUGCCAUACUUGCGAGAAAGCUUAACGGCAUGCUUGUAGAAGGAAGGAUUUUGUAUGUUGAAGCUCUUAAGAAGAAGCAGGCAAACAUGAGUCAACAGAAAUUACCGACGCCAGCUUAUGAAGGAGGUCCACAAACAAUGCAGCAAAGACAACAACCAACUGCGCUGAUGCAAACACCAAUAGCGCGGCCUUCACUCCAUCAGCAGCAACCUAUGCUUCAGCAGCCGUAUUACCAGCAGAACAAGUACCAUCAGCAACCCACUCCGUCAGGGUUCAACAACAUGCCGCUGCAACCACCUCCCAUGCCCUUUGCUGGGCUCUUCAGGGUACAGAAUCCAACUGUCACCUAUGGCUAUCCACAACAAAUGCAGUACCAACCAUCACAGCAACCUAUGGUGGGGCAGAAUCUAGUGGGGUUUGAUAAAAGGGGAGCUCCUCUUGGAUUCGGCAGCCAAGAUAACAAUCCCAAAGCCAGUUUAAAUCAAAAUGAUUGGAAUAUGGCGGGGGAUUCCUCUGGUGGGAAUCAAAUGUCCCAACAGCACAAACCUAGGUUGCAACGAUGGGAGGCUACUGAUGAUCGAAGCAGUCUUUCUCGCCGUGAGAGUGCGCCUUGUGACUCCAACCGAAACCAAUCUUCGCGCUUCGGGCGGGAAUCGUCUUCCCGUGACACGGGCCGUAACUCGUCUUCUCGCGACAUCGGCCGUGAUUCGUCUCGGCGCAGCUAUGGUCGGGAUAUUCCCUCGCGCGAUCGUGACCGGAACUUUGAUCGCAAUCGUCGGCGGGUUACACCUAGUAACCUGGGACCCGAACGUGGUCGGAAUGUAUCAAACCAAUUUGGGCAGGAUCGAGGUCGGGGUGCAACCAAUGACUUCGGGCACGAUCGUGGUCGGGACGCACCAAACGACUUCGGUCGCGAUCAUGGUCGAGAUGCAACAAGUGAUUUCAGACGCGACCGUGACCGGGAUACAACUAGCAAUUACGGGCGAGAUCGAGGUCGGGAUGACCCUCACAACUAUAGACGUGAUCGAGAUGCACGUAAUAGCCAAGGACGCGAUACUGGCAGGGAUGCACCGGGACGUGACCGCGGCCGAAACGCACCGCCGCGCCGUGCAUCCCGUGAUCAUGACAAAGACUCAUCUCAUAGAAGACCUGACCAGCCACGUGUUCCUAUGAAACGCCAGUUUUCGCCUUCUGGCACUCGAGCAUCUCAUAAUACAAACCAGGUGCCUCAGCGACAACAGCGAGGUGGUCCUAAAUCAAACCAACCUCGGGAUAGGCCAUCACAACCACUACAAUCCGAGAGUAAUUAUGUACCACCUUUAAAACAACCCAAAAAUGGCGAUGGGCCGCUAAAAGUAAAUGCUCCACAGAGAAUGAGCGUUCCGCAGAGAAUGGGCGCUCCGCAGAGACUGAACGCUCCGCAAAGACCGAGCGCUCCACAGAGACCAGGCGGUCCACAAAGACCGAACGCUCCACAGAGACCGGGCGCUCCACAGAGACCAGGCGCUCCGCAGAGACCGGGUGCUCCGCAGAGACCGAGCGCACCACAGAGACCAGGUGCUCCGCAGAGACCAAGCGCUCAACAGAGACCAGGUGCUCCGCAGAGACCAAGCGCUCCACAGAGACAAGGUGCUCCGCAGAGACCGAGCGGUCCGCAGAAGUCCAUUGCCCCACAGCAAGCAACUGGCCCACAGUCAACAUUCCGCCCUCCACCACCUCCGCAUCAGGCAGGCAAAGUAAAUAAAAAGAAAGAUGCUAAAGAACGAGUCUUAAUCCGUUCAGCUACGUGGCGCAACCAACUCGCCUCUGCUGUUGGAAAAGAAGUUUUGAGUGCGGAUCGCGACUUGAAAGGUAUUACUCGCGAAAAACUUUUGACGGAGGUAAAGCGUGCUAUACGUAUUCGUGUGCAGAAAAUGUUUGGUGAAAAUCAUAAAAUAACUUUACCUGAAAUGUUAAAGUUAUAUAGGGAAAAAUAUACCGUUGACACUGAUACAGAAUUCUUCAAUGAAGUUUUGGAACAUGUAUUGAAGAGUGGAGUCUAUCCAGACGAUGACGGCUUGUUAAAAGACAUUCCAGUACAAAAUAUGGGUCAGAAUUUGAUACCUAAGGAGGAACCCGGCGAAGGCACAAUACCUCAGUAUCCGGAUGGAGAUAAGCGGUUGAACAAAUCUGUAAAGAGAACAAAUGCGAUCAUGUUUGAGGACGAAAAUCUACUCGUGUCUCAGCUAGAUCUUGCUAUGCAGAAAGCGCUCGGUGAGGAGGUUGAAGCCGUCGGCGCAGCGGUGGCGGAGGAGCUCCAAUUGGAACCGGAACCUGAGUUCAAGGACGCUCACAAUCGCCUCAAGGCUUCACUCGUCGAUGACUUCAACAAGGUUCUCAAAGUGAACAUUUCCAAACGCAUAUUGAACGUUGGUACGAUAAUGGUGAGGAUAUUCAGCAUUCCGAAAAUUGUAAGCAGGACCAAGUUGAUACCAGUUUUGUCCCAAUAUGGUAUAACCAGCCUUAGGAAGUCUGAAUUUAAGAAACCUCCAAUCUACUAUGGUACCUGCGAAUCAUAUGAGGCUCACGAUAAAUUAUGUGCUAUGGAACCAAUUAUUGUUGAUGGGUGCACAAUAAGAAUUAAGCCUUUCCAUCUGACUGGGAAAAUGAAAUGGUCGUCGGACUCUUCAGGUAAAAACACAUCUCAAGACGUGACUGAAUCCACUGAUGAAUACUAUGAUUUAGAUGAAGAUAUGGGAGACGAGCUACAUGUAGAUGGUAACAAUAGCCAGGAGGAAGAUGAUGAUGAAAUAAAUGAAGAAAACGCUGGCUCAUUCGAACAAGAAGCUAGCAAUGAAAUAAAAGAUGGAGUUGAAGAAAAAGAAACGACUGAACGUACAGUUAGUCAGAACAGUAUUACACCAAGCACUGACACCAAAAUAGAAACUAGUGCUGAUGAAAACACACAAGAAACUUUGGUCACUUUAGUAGAAGACAGUAAUGGACCAUUGGAAGUAGAAAGAGAAAACAAAAUUGACAGUGUUGAUAAACAAAUUGAGAAAGAUGAGAAUAAUGAUGGUAUUACAAGAGAGACCUAUGAUGAGAAUGAAGAUUAUGAUGAAAAUGAUGGGAAUUAUGAUGAAAAUGAAGGGAAUUAUGGUGAAAAUGAAGGUGAUUAUGAUGGAGAAGGAGGUGAGGAUGAUAGAGUUGAAGAGGGAGGCGAUGAAGGUGGAAACGAAGAAGGAUAUAAUGAGGUUGGAAAUGAUGAAAUGCAAGAAGGAGGAGGAGAUUUAAUUGGAGAAGAAGAAGAGGAACAAAAUUAUGAGGAUAUUGAUAUGGACAAUGUUGAUGAAAAUGAUUUAGAAGAUUGGUAA